UAUGAUAAAGUAUUUAUGUGGGUAUUAACUUCAUCUCGUUUAUUCGAUUAAAUGCUACAUUUACAUUUAUAGCACAGUGUGGAUUAAAUCCGCGUUUAAGUCACGCCUAUUCGUGAUGUAAGAAUAGUCCAUUAUUGCACCGUGUAUAUCGCACGAGCGUAUAGCGAGUAUAGCGCUAUAUAGCGCUAUACGCUCGUGCGCUAACCUCGCGGUACAAUAAUGGACUGCUUAGAUCACGGAUAGGCGUGACUUGGCGGAUUUAAGCAGCUGUGCUAUAAAAUUGCUAAUACACACCGUGCAAUAAUCGGCUACUUAGAUUCUGAAAAUUCACUCUUUUUUUAAAUGUCUGGUCUUAUGUAAUUCACAUGUUUUUUGAGAUACUCAAUAACUGAAGACCCCAGUGAAAGUAUCUGUGUGCAAGAGCCAAGCGCAUCUAGUUACACCGCAGGUUGAGCGUAACCCAGCACUGCAUAGUAUUCUUUGUCGUCGGCAUCACUACACGCGAUUCGCAGAUCAUUCGACGGACACGAAGAAAUAUAUUAGUUAACAUGACGAAAAUUAAGUUUACUUAUAAAGGGCUUAUUGUCCCCGUGUUUACGCCGUUUAAUAAUGACGCAAGUCAAAGUUUGAAUUUAUCAAUUAUUCCACAAUAUGCAAAGUUUCUUGAAUCGAAGAAAAUCGCUGGAGUUCUAGUUAACGGAACUUCUGGAGAAGGAACAUCAUUGACUGUCAACGAAAGAAAAAAAGUGGCAGAGGUUUGGGCUGAGGCUGUAAAAGAAACUAAACAACAUUUAAUGAUUCAAGUGGGAGGAACAUCUCUGAAAGAUGUUAAGGAGCUUGCUGAACACGCAGAAAAUUUAGGGGCCGAUUCUAUAUUAUGUUUGCCAGAAUUAUAUUUUAAACCAACGACUGUAAAUGACCUUGUAGAAUACCUAGCCCGGGUUGGAAAAUCUGCACCAAAAACACCAUUAUUUUAUUAUGAUUUUCCCAAGGCUUCAAUGGUCAACAUUGACAUGGCACAAGUUUUUGCAUUGAUUGGUGAGAAGGUUCCGACUUUCGCUGGAAUUAAAACCGAUCUGGAACGAGGUUUACACGCGAAGCAUGUUAAUAACGACUUUGCAAUCUUUUUGGCCGGAGAUAUGUUGAUGAUAGGUGGUUGCGCUUCAGGAAUGGAAUCUUACAUAAUGACGAGUCUUAAUUUUAUACCUGAGCCCGCAUUUGCGUUAAUAGAAUAUGGAAAGGGCAACUAUGACUUGCAUGCUGCUAGAAAAAGUCAAGAGUACAUUAAUAGAAUUGCCAAAGAUGUAACACGUUAUGGUACAUGGACUGAAACAAUGAAAAUUGCUAUGAAUUUGUCGACCGACAUUUUCGUAGGUCCUCCACGCGCUCCACUUAAACUUCUUUCUCGACAAAAUAUGGAAGCUAUGGAACAAAAUUUAUCACAAGCAGGAAUAAAAACAAACAAAGCUGCAAUAUUCCAAAUGUACAAUUGCAAUUAAAAUGAAAUAAUUAAACAUAAUCCAUAAUAAACGAACACAAAUUUUUCAAUAAAUAAAUAUACUAGUUUAAAAUAUACCCGAA